AUGGCAUCGAAUAAAAGAACUUUAGUUAAGAAAAAAAAAGGUGGAUGUCUUCCCGGUGAAGUAUGGAAUUGGUUUGUAAAGGGAAAUGAAGUAUCUGCCAAAGGAUACUAUUCUGCAACGUGUUCUUUUUGUGAUCAUCAAUGGACUACUGCUAAACCAAGUAAACUAAGAACACAUCUUGCGUAUGAAUAUAAUGAUACAGCCUCAGCAUCAAUUACAGCAAACAAAAAACAAAAAUUAGAAAAUAGUGUUAAUAUUGAUAGUAAAUUUGAAAAUGUUCCUACUUCAUUAAAUAAGGAAGAACAAAUUAAUAGGAUAUUACUAAAAAUGUUCUUAUGUUGUAAUUUACCUUUCGUUCUUGUUGAGCAUCCUUUUUUUCAAGAAUAUACUAAGGCAUUACAUGGUACCUAUGCUCUUCCAAGUCGUUAG